GAGCUCUAUGGUCGGAGAGGAGAAAUGCUGAGAGCGUUCUAGAAGGGCGCAGGCUCCGCCCAGCGGGGGAUUACUGACUACGGCGCGCGGGAGCGUCAGAAACUCUGAGUGAGAACUAGCAGCAGCAGCUGUAACAUAGAGGAAGGUCUAUCGCGAGAUUAGCAACACUGGAGGAGGGCGGAGGUGACCCCAUAGUGACGGUAGUCCUUUUCCCUCCUAGGAGGACGCUGGCAUGGCUGCCGCUGUCUGGCCUUGUAGCACACGACCAUUGUGCGGGAUGGAGUAUCACCAGCCUUCAAACUCCUCUCUUCUGCGGACCAACCCAUCAGGGAUUUCUGAAUCGCCAUUUCUUGGCACAUCAGCCAGUGAUCUCAACCAAAUAAGCAGCGUCUCUAUGGCUAGUGGGCUUAUCCAUAAUGAUCCAGACUUCAGUAACUAUAGCCAACACAACCCGAACACCAGCGCUGUUGGAGAUAAUGUUGGCCUGGUUUUGGGAAGCCAAGCGUUACUCCAAAGGCCUGACUGGUCCCCCGCAUCUUCUCUAACUAGCUGCACUGGGCUAAGUGGUCAACGCAGAAAGAAACAGAAACGCGAGCAGGCGGACUAUGAUUGCCCACUGAAGAAAAGGAAACUUUCAGUCUCACCUACAGCAGCUGUACUUGAAAGAGGCCAUGCUCUUGGUGUUUUUACUGGAGUCUCGCCACUGCCAUACUGGAACCCCAGCCAGUCACAUGUGAAGCAAACUUCUGCGCUUCCGGAUUUGCGUGACCAGUCCUUUGAAAUGAUGCACACAGCCCUCACUGAGUACAUGGAGGAAGUCCCUGUAGAAUCUCAGUGUGAAGCUACUCUGAGAAGAAUUAGGGAUAUUGAAAGCAGGUUAGUAGUGGAGGAUGAUGACGAACAACAACAACCUAUAGAGAGCCGUUUACCCACUCUUGUGAUGUCUGAUGUACUUGUGGAAGGCUUAAAAAAGGGAUUAGAUGAAUCCUUAACCAAGAAAAUUGUGGACUCUAUGAAUCGACCUUCUAUGGAGCUUGUUCUCUGGAAACCGCAACCGGAAUUUCUUAUUGAUAAACUACAGAGCAUUGCCAGUAGUUAUGAGGAUGAUUCUGACAUAUCCAAACAAGCCCACAGCACACCAGGAGCUUCCUUCCCUCAGGAAGAGGACUCCGACAAGCAGUGUACGCCCACUUUAAACUGUGAUAUUGACACAAUGUGGAACAGAGACGAAGAAGAAAUGGAACUAUAAAAGAUUUUUGAGUGUUAUAGAGGUUCCAGCUGAGAGGUCUGAUUUUCAUUUUGGCAGCUGCAAGAUUUUCCUUCAUGAAAACCUUGGACUAAAGUUGGUGUAAUUGUUGCUUGAAUGUUCGUCUUUGUAGGGAUGUUCUCCUCAACAAACUGUAUCUGUGGAUACUUGGCAUCUUCAACAAGCAAAAGUUUUAUUGGAGAUAAAUAAGUGCUUAGGUGGCUUUCUAUACCCAGGUGUCUGAAAUUAUAUAACUUACAAAAUGUUUUAUGUUGAUAAAUUUCUCAAUUAUGUUAGCAGUCCUUUUAUGUCUAAGGUUUGUGCAAGAGAAGGUGGUAAACUGUUACAUGAAUUGCACAUGUAGACCUACAGUAAACUAUUAACAGUAAACUCAGUAUUUAGUUGGGAGAAUUGUUGCUAGAAGCGAAAGAUAGUGUUUGUUUGUUUUGGGGUUUUUUGCAUUUUUGCAGAUACAAAUAUUGUAUAUUUGGAGUUUGUUGCGCUCCCUUCCUCCAUUUUGUUUGCUUUAAGUCAGUUUACAAAAUUAUUCUGAAUAAAAUUGUGGUCUUUAAUGAGUUGGAUUUUAAGUUGAUAUUGAUUUCACAGUUUGUAAAAAUAAAAAAAUACUUUUUGUAAUAAAAAUUGUUAAACAAU